AUGUUGCAAGGUCCGCGCCCAUUCCCCUCGCGCAUACCUCGCGCCCAUUCCCUGCGCCCAUUCCCCUCGCCCGUACCUCGCGCCCAUUUCCCACGGCCAUUCCCCGAGCCUUUUCCCUUCCUCGCCUAUACCCCUCGCCCACCCGCGCCCAUUCCCCGCGCCCAUUCCCCGCGUCACUUCCCCUUUCGCAUGAUUCCUUCGCUCUUUUCUGUGCCACUUCCCUCGCUCAUUCCGUCAUUUGCCCGCACCACUUCCCUUUUUUUCCUGCAGGGCAUUGGUCCUGUGAGCUGCUUAUCCAACGAGUACAAUCCUCGCCCCACCCCCCUUCCCCACCCUCCUUCCCCAUCCUCCUUCCUUUUCAUUUUCUUCCUGCAGGGCAUUGGUCCUACGUCUCAAAAAACACCCUCUCUACACGUGGCAAAAACCUCUCCGUGCCUCUCCUCCGCUCACCCUCCUUCUCCCGCUCUCUCUCUUCCCUUGCCCAUCUUCCCAACUACCAUCCUCCCCUCCCCAUCGCCUCAGAGAGUGUUUGCAUCAGCGGGCGAUUCCCUCUCCUACUUCAAUUUCAUUCCAUCGCUGCUUUGCCAGAUACACCAAGCCUCCCCAGUGCGUAGCAUUCCAGUCCCUCCCCGUCUCGCCCCCCGCACCAGCCUUGUCUACCACGUGCCACAAUACAACGUGACUAUAGUGAACACCUGGAGCACUUUCCUCAACCAGUGCUGGCAGGACAAACAAACCCUUGCUUUAUACAAUCACGGCCGCCCGGUCACACCAGAGGAUUCGGUGGUGAAUAUGGAGGGCGUGGACUGGCGGUGGGGUCGAUACUUAGCUAAGUACGACGUGCUUCUGCUGCAGUCGGCAGCGCACUGGCAGCCGAAACGCACCAGGUGGCGCCGGUUCUUUACAGACAGACGCGGGAGAAUAGCUUAUAACGAGUCGCGCUUCUAUCACGCGUUUUGGGCUGGCAUGCAGAGUGUAAAGAAGCUGGUGGAUCGUGCCAAUGACAAGGUGACACGUGGCAGCAGCAGCGGCAGCAACAACAGCAGAGGCAGUAGCAGUGUUGGUGGUUCUGCUGCUGGUGGUAACAAGUGGCCUGUGGUGUUCUUUCUCUCUGCUCCCACAAAGCAAAGCGGUUGUGCUGCUUCUUUUGAGCCUCGCACCGAGGGAGAG